CCACCAAAUUCAAGAAACCGUCCAGAUGAAUUGGAGCAUGAAAACCAAAAUAUCUAAUAUCGAAGUUUUAUUUGGGAAAAAAAUGAAAUGAUUUUGAAGGCUUUUUGAGCUGGAGAAUUUUGGACCUCACCAAAUUCUCUGGUUAAGAUUCGUCCAACUUCAAAUCUCCCACAGCUUCCCCACUUUCAUCCUUUCCCUCACACGAUUGCCUACAAUCUAAGAACUCUAUUCUCCAGCUAUCUCACAUACUCAUUUCGAAUCUCUGGCGGAAAAUCAUUGAAGGGGUUUCAUUUUGUUUCUCAAAUCGACUCACAAACGAGGGGGGUCGACUUUGAUUAGCAUAUUUCCUCUGGUUUUAUCAUUCUAAAAAGAUGGUGGGAGCUUUAUCUGUGGUGGGUUCUUCAGUGGUGGACUCUCAUACUUCCCCUUGUUUGUGUUUGGAUGCUUUGCCCACAACCAGCAUCAAUCUCAAAAGUUGUGGGGAUUUUGUAAUGAAAAAGAAGAAUUUAAUGGGUCGAAAUCGUUUGCCGAAAUCAAAGCACUUGGAUCUAAGCAGCUCGUUCGUCGAUAAUGGCCGAGAGUGGCUGCUCUCGGCUGAUAUGAUAAACAGGAGUUCAAGGAAGCAGCACAAGAACAGAAGACUUGUGGUUGUUGAUGAACUUGGGGGGCAGUAUGAAGAUAACUUUGACGAUGUUAAAAUGCAAAUACUUAAUUAUUUUACAUACAAGGCUGUGAGGACUGUUAUGAACCAGCUGUAUGAAAUGAACCCUCCUCAGUACAGUUUCGUGUUAUCCAACAAGCCAACAGAUGGAAAAUAUUUCAUCCGCAGGCUUGUAAAGGAACAGCAAGAUCUUGCUGAAAGAGUAAUGAUCACACGUCUCCACCUCUAUGGAAAAUGGGUGAAGAAAUGUAACCAUGCUGAAAUAUAUCAAGAGAUCUCGGACGAAAACGUGGAAUUAAUGCGAGAACGACUUAUGCAGACUGUUAUAUGGCCUUCAGAUGACACAAACACAGAGAAGAUUGGCUAAAGAAAUAUUGAGUAAUUUUGAGCUCUCUCUCUUCCUUGUCAAUUCUUCUUGUAUUGCAUCCUUCAAUCAUAAUUAGUUUGAUUGUCGAGUUGCCAAUCUUAUUCUUACCGAUCAAGAAGUAGUAGUUCAGUGUUGCAGUCCUUUUUUUUUCCUUUUUUUUUUUUUUUUUUUUUUUGGUGUGUUGAAGAUAUGUAUGUAAUCAAUCAAUUAUAUUAUGUAAGAUGUAUAUACAUUUAGCCUCCAUUUUAGUUAUUCUGAAGGUCCUCAGAAUUUGUGCUUCUAUUUAUUCAUAUGCAUAUUUGGAUGAGAGGGACAAGAAUGAGCAA